AUGUGUCCGACACGUCUCCACUCAAUCGCUGCCUUUGUCAUUGCUGGUGCCAUUGUCUCCCACACUUUCUCCGAUGCAGCUCGCCAUGCCGACUAUCAUGCAGUCAUGCUCGCCCACGUCAAUUAUGUGCGUGCACUGCACCAUCUGCCGCCGCUUUGUCGGAACAAAAAGCUCCAAGCUGCGGCGAAGCGACACUCGAACGAUAUGGCCAAGCACGACUUUAUGGAUCACAACGGGACAGAUGGGUCCUCCGUCUCCCGACGAAUUACCGAAGCAGGUUACAAGUGGGAGGCAGUGGCUGAAAAUGUUGCAGCGGGGCAGGAGGAUGUCGAGUCGGUCAUGCAGGCGUGGAUGAAGUCGGAAGGACAUCGCAAGAACAUUCUUGACCCGAGCUAUACGAUGUUUGGCACAGCGUGUACGUACAACAAGAGAGCUACAAAGGAGUACUACUGGACACAGGACUUUGGCUCCGGUACUACGGAGGCGUGCGGGAAGGACAGAGUGAGGCACUCGAAAUCCCCAACUCGGAAGCAGAAAAAGCGUAAACACUCGAAUGUCACCGCGAGGAAGCAGAAGAAGCUAAAAGAUCAUCUGAAGACGCUUGUGCCGGAUACGUUUUCUGGCGCGGUUGCGCCUGUAGCCCACGUCAACGCAACUCUCCAUUCGGAUGACGAAGCUGCCCGUUUGAAAGCGGCGAAGCACCGAGCUUCGGGUGCUAUAGCUGCUGUCGAGAUUGGGGAUGAGAAAUCGUCUGAAGACGACGACGAGCAGGAUUCCAAAGCACAAACUUUUUCUAGACUGUUGGGAGUGUUGUAG